AUGGCGCCGGUAACAUUGAACAGCAUCGAUAAUGUUGUACAGCACUUAUUCGAGAUUCAGUCCGCCAUCCACGGAUACCUUGGAGCAGAAACUCAGCAGGAGCUUGUACGGAAAAUAAAAUCCCUAACCCUCUCACUAUCAACUCUCUCGGAACACUCUCGCCCAGACCCCUCCGCUUCCCCUUCCCAAACCACUCCGCGCAUAAACGACCCGGACCCACCCCUUCAAUCCGUCCAACUACCACCUGAAAUAAUAGACUACGUCGACGCAGCACGCAACCCGGACAUCUAUACGCGAGAAUUCGUGGAGCUUGUGCAGCGUGGAAAUCAGGAUUUGAAAGGCAAAGCGGAGGCUUUUGCAAGUUUUCGGGAUGUCCUGGCGAGGGAGAUGGUGAGCGCGAUGCCUGAGUGUAAAGGAGAAGUAGAGAGGAUUCUAAAGGCUACUGGUGGAAGUGUGAGUGGCGAAGAUGUUGGCCAAGCUAAGAGUGGAAAUGGGGGUUGA